CCAGCUUCUGCCCAUCAUGGUGUUGCUACAGGCCGCAACAAUAAUCCUGCUGUUGGCCUCCCUGCCUGGAUCACUCUCUACUCCAUCACAGCAUCUGUGUGGCUCCAACCUGGUGGAUGCGCUUUACCUUGUGUGUGGACCUAAAGGAUUCUUUUACUCCAACAGAGGCAGGAGGGACCUGGAUAACUUGCUGGUCUUGCUCUCAAAUUUGGCAGAUUAUGAGGUUGCUCCAUUAAAAGAGAAGGCGAUGAAGAGGAAGAGAGGAAUUGUGGAACGGUGCUGCCACAGGCCCUGCACCAUCUACCACCUUGAAGACUACUGCAGCUGA